AUGAGCUUGGAUUCAAUUGUGAUCACCGGCUUCAAAGUGUAUGAUAUACGUUUCCCUACCAGCUUGGAUGGUAUUGGUAGUGAUGCCAUGCAUGUGGGUACCAAUGGCUCCCAUCCCUAUUUGCAGCUCUUAACCAGCUCCGAUGUCAUUGGAGAAGGAAUGGCCUUUAGCAACGGGCGAGGCUCGGACCUCGUGUGCGCCGCCAUCGAGCCGUUUGCCGAGCGGGUCGUGGGCAAGACCUUGGCCUCGUUAGUGGAAAAUAUGGGGGUGACAUGGCGAUACAUGGUAUCAGACUCGCAGUACAGGUGGCUUGGACCCGAGAAGAGUAUCACCCAUUUGGCCACGGCCGCUGUCAUCAAUGCCAUUUGGGACUUGUGGGGAAAGGCCACAAACCGGCCCGUGUGGAAGAUCGUGGCCGACAUGACACCCGAGGAAAUAGUUAGGUGUGUGGAUUUCCGGUAUAUUCUUGAUGUGAUCAACCCAGAAGAGGCAGUAGAGAUGUUGAAAAAGACCCAGGUGGGCAAGGAAGCGCGGAUCCAAGAGGCGUUUGACAACGUGGCGGUCCCGGCUUACACCACCAGUGCCGGAUGGUUGGCUUUUAGUGGAGACAAGAUGAAAAGGGUGUUGCAGGAGACCAUUGAUGCUGGUUUCAAAAUCUUCAAGUUCAAGGUCGGCAGUGAUCUUGAGGCCGACAAGGAGCGGUUGGAGGCUGUCAGAGACAUUAUUGGCUACGACAACGAGUAUCAAAUCAUGCUUGACGCCAAUCAGGUGUGGUCGGUGCCUGAGGCCAUUGAGUGGAUGAAACAGUUGGUGAAGUUCAAGCCGGUGUUUAUUGAAGAGCCCACCAGCCCCGAUGAUAUACUUGGCCAUGCCACCAUCAGAAAGGCGUUGAAGCCAUUCGGAGUGGGAGUGGCUACAGGGGAGAUGGCUGCAAAUAGAGUCAUUUUCAAACAGCUUUUGCAAGCAGAAUCCAUAGAUGUGUGUCAGAUAGAUGCUGUGAGAUUGGGAGGAGUGAACGAGUGCUUGGCGGUGAUGUUGAUGGCCCUCAAGUUUGACGUUCCAUGUGUUCCUCAUAAUGGAGCCAUGGGGUUGACCGAACUUACUUCGCACUUGAGUACAAUUGACUAUAUUGCUAUCAGUGGCCGCAAGUCCAUGCUCGAAGCAGCAGAAAGCUACAGAGAGAAUCUUGCACACCCAUGUGUGAUCAAGGAUGCUCACUAUGUGACUCCUUUGGAUCCUGGGUAUUCUAUUGGAUAUGUUCCUGGAGCCAUCGACAAGUUUUUGUAUCCGAACGGAACCUUUUGGACUUCGAAGGUGGGUGAAGAGAUCAAGAGAGCUCCAAAGGGAGGGGAGGGUCUUAUUAGAUAAACAAUAUGAAUAUAAACUUUGCCU